AUGGGUUUCAGGAUAUCCAACCUAACAGGCGAUCCCUUCGCCAUGGCCACAAUUUCAUUUGGGUUGAUGUCGUGGGUAGUAUCGCUUGGAGGUGCUGCCGCAUCAGAUCAGUCACAAUUUCCUCAUUUCUCAUGGUGGGGUAUUGCUUAUCAAAUUGUCAUAAUACUUAUCAUCUUUUUACUUUAUGCCAAUAACAAUAUCGAACUAUAUAAAUUCACGUUGGUGGGUUUAGUCAGUAUUGCAUUCAUCUACACCACUAACUCAACCAAUAAUUUGAUUUACCACUCGGAUUCAUCGGGUAACUUGUGUUGCGCCGCCGGAUGCAUCUUGCUGAGUAUAUUAAAUUUGAUCUGGAUAUUGUAUUUUGGAGGACAUCCAGAGUCACCUACAAAUCAAUUUAUUGAUAGUUUCAGUUACAGGAACCAUGCUCACGAACAGUUGGGCCGUUCGCCAGCACUCAAGAAUGAAUCAUACGAAGAUGACCUUGGACAAACUCCUGAUUUUAAACGUUUUGGAUCGAGUACAAACUUGCCUUCAACUACUUCGAGACGCUUUUCGAAUCAAGGUUCUAACAAUUUGCUCAGUGAAAAUAACAGGUUGUCGUCACAACCAACUAGUGGCUCCUUACGUCCACAUCAACCAAUAGGUGCUUCUGCGCCUGUGCCAAACCAAGUUGGUACAUACAACAGCAAUGGAACCCGUGACUUGCUCAACACCAAGCCUAUGCCAUACUAUAAUGAAUCGUCCACUGGUACAGGUACCGGAUCUGGCACGGCAACGGGAACUGGAACUGGUACAGGCACAGGUACAGGUACGGGAACAGGUACGGGAAUAACGUUUAGAUAUAAGGCAAAGGCAUUGUAUAGUUAUGACGCAAACCCUGACGACAUCAACGAGAUCAGUUUUGUCAAGGAUGAAAUUUUAGAGGUUGACGAUAUAGAUGGCAAGUGGUGGCAGGCAAGGAGAGUCAAUGGGCAAGUUGGUAUUUGCCCCUCCAAUUACGUCAAGUUGGUCGACACUUGA